CUCCUUUCUUACCAUCGCCUUGCUGCCCUCAAAUGCCAAGUCCGUACCUCUCUCUUCGCUUCUCUCCGGUCAUCGGAGCUCCGUUUUCCGGAUAGGACAGCUCAGAUCUCCAACACCGUCGUGAUCGGACGAAGCUCAGCUACUGAUAAUAGUGAGCUGAAGGCAACAUGUCUGCCACACAGGAUGGAAUCCUAGGCCGACCAAAAGCCGAAUGGACACCAUCCCGAGAUGCUUAUUUGGUUGAACUUUUUAUUGAGCAACACAAUUGUGGAAGAACCGCGUAUAAUGAAUUUAAAGUUGAAGUGUAUAAAUCAGUCACAAAUGAUUUUAAUAGGAAGUUUGGCAUGAAUCUAGAAGAGAACCAGAUUAAGAACCGGUACAACGUUAUGAAGAAAGAUUACGGUAUUGUUAAAACCUUACUUAGUCAUCCUGGGUUUGCCUGGGAUGACAUUCGACAAAUGGUUGUGGCUGAUGAUAAAAUUUGGGACAGCUAUAUUGCGGUACGAAGUGAUGCAAGGCCCUUUCGACGCAAAAGCUUUCCUCUGUAUAAACAGAUGUCCAUUAUUUUUGAAGGUACUCAUUGUUUUAUUUGUGUGAUAUGUUUGAAAAAUAUAAAAUUAGUGUCAUGUGUUGUAUUGUCUAUAGGGGAAAGACCCAGUGGCAGAUACCAAUUUCCAAGCGGAGUUCUUUUGGAACCUGAAGAGGAAAAUAGCAACACAGAAACGGUUCGAUCCUCAGAGCCCAGCAACCUACCAACACAAGUCGUUGAUGGUGCCCUUGAUUCUGAUUCAAUAUUCCAUAUAAAUGACGUGCAACCCAAGAAACGCAAAUCUACUGGUCCAGUAACUUCUAGUCGUAAGAGAAGAGCAUGCGACAGGGUUGGAGAUAAGUUAGAAAAUGUCUUGUAUGAGAUGUUCUCAGCAGCCAGUUUCAAAUGUUUGCAAAGGAAUGCAAUAAAAGAACAAACAAUGUACCAGAAGUGCUUAGAGGAGUUGCAGGGAUUAGAAGAGUUGGAUGACUCAGAGUUUACAAAGGCUGUUAAUGUCCUUAGAGAUGAUAAGAAUGCAAUUGCUUUCAUGACAAUUAAAGGACCAAGGAGGUUGACCUGGUUGAGGUCUCUAUGGCAAACAUAGUAAACAACCUCAUUCACACCAUCUUGCCCACUUCAUUUCAUGUCUUAUCCACAAAUCCAGGAAACUUCCAUUCUCUUUUAUACAGUCUUAUUUAUUUUGCCCUGGAUGAUAUUCUGUUCUAUAUAUGUGUACACAAAGGCAUUGUUCCUUUAAUCGAUUAACCUUAUUAUUCA